CAGAAGAAACGUCAAAGAUGCCAGAAAAUCGUUCGAUUCCAAUAAGAAAUGUGAAGAUGAUGUUAUAAAAUUAUCAAAAAUUAAGACGUCAAGACAUUGUAAACAUAGGAAAAUGAGUUCUGAAGUAUCAAGUGAUAAGUUGGAGGAACCAAGUGAAGAAGUGGAUUUAAAACAGGGAGAAAAUGUUGAAGAUACACAAGUUAAUAACUUGGAAUCAGACAGUGUUAAGGAAUUAAAUGAAUUGAUAGCACAACUUAGGCUUGAAGUGAAUUAUGGUUUAGAUAGAAUAAAACAAUUGGAAUCACAGAAUGAUAGGGUGCAAGGUUCAUUGAAGGAAUUGAAAGGAUCUUAUGAUUUGGUGAUAAGGGAGAAAGAUAAUGCAUUUAGGGAGAAGGAUAAUGCUAUUAGGGAGAAGGAAUCUAUGGUGAUGAGGUAUGCAGUCAGUGAGAAGAAUGUUUUACAACAGCAAAGUGCCAAAGAGAUGGCAGAGAAGAAACUUAAAGAAGCUCAUCGUGAGAAUGAUUUGCUACAACACAAGCUCACAUCUAUGGGUGCUGAAAAAACAAGGAUUUGUAAUUUACUUGAUAAUAAGUGUUAUGAAUUGAAAUCUAGUCAACAAGAAUAUGAGAGAAUAAAAAGUGACUUAAAUGCCUUAGAAACUAAACUGAAGUGGUCUCAGAAUAGUUUAAAGAAUGAGAUUGAGUAUAGGAAGGAUGCUGAGGCAAAGGUGGAUAGUCUUAAUGGAACCAUCCAAGAUGCCAUUAAUGAUGCAGAGAAGACUAAGCAGAAAGCUUUGGAUUCUAUUAAAGAAUUUGAAACAUCACAAGAGAAUAGGGCAUAUACAUUAGAUCAACAAGUUAAAGAGCUGCAAGCUACGCAAAUUUUGUUGCGACAUGAGCGGGAAGAUCGGGAAUUGCAAGUUAGGAAUUUGCAGAUGGAGCUCGAGAAGUCGCAGAAGAAGCAAUGCGAGACUUUGCAGGAGAAUAAUUGUUUGUCGAUGAAGGUGCAACAGUUGGAGAAGGAAAGAUCUGAGUUGGAGCAAAAAUUCAGUGAGCUUAAGGAAUGCUCUGAUCAGCAAAAGCAGAAUUCCGCGGAAUUGCAUGCAAAGACUGCCCAAUUGGAACAAAUGAGAUUGCAAUUAACAAAUGAACAAGAACAAUUAUUAGCUGCAAAUGAACAGAUAUUCAUUUUGAGACAACGCAAUUCCGAUUUGUUAGCUGAUAUAGAAUCUUGCCGACAUCACGAAGCUGAGCUUUUGUCUUUUACGCAUCAGUUGACUGACAAGAACGUACGUUUGCAAUCGGAAUUUACGGCGAUGGAAACUAAGGUGCAGCAGUUGACUUGUGAACAGGCUGUCUUGAAGAGAUCAGCUAAAGAGCACGAAACAAAGGCUAGUUUAUUGUCAACGCAGUUGUUGGAAUUUAGAAAUAAGUCUUCCGAAGAGAUUGCGAGACUCACCUAUGACCUAAGCGAGGCGGUUAAGUUGAGUGAAAAAUUAAAGCAAGACGUGGCAGAUCAGAAGGGAGAGAAUACAGUUAUUAAAAGAAAGUUGGAACUAUCAUUAAGAGAAGUGAAUAAAGAGUUGACUCAAUGUAGGAAAAAGUUGGAACAAUAUGAAAAUGUUGGUACUGCAAGCAGUAGCAGUUCAAGUACUUCUUUAAAUACUGUAGAGAGGAAUGACAAUUCUCCAACACCAUCAAAUGAUCAAGUUAAGGUGGUGCAACCUGAGAGAGAAGUGGAUAAGCAAACAUUGAUAGAACAUAUCGUUAAGCUGCAAAGAGCAAGCGCUAGGAAGUCGGAAAAACUGGAUUUCCUCGAGGAGCAUGUAAAUACUUUAGUAGCCGAGCUGCAGAAAAAAUCAAGGUUGUUGCAGAGUUACGUACUUAGAGAACAAGCGGGAACGUUGUCUUCCAAUAUGAUGGAUAACAACAAGGCGCACUUAGCAAAGCAUUCUGGAGUAAUGGCAUCUAUGUAUGGAUCAAAGGUGUUAGAUGAAAAUCUAACAUUGGAGCUUUCUCUCGACAUCAACCGAAAACUCCAAGCCGUACUAGAGGAUGCCCUGCUCAAGAACAUCACCUUAAAAGAAAGCGUCGAUACGUUAGGAGCAGAAAUUGACAAGCUACUGAAGAAAAGCGAACCAUAAGAUGCGUAUCAUUCCAUAAAUAUUAAAAAAAAACAAGUA